UAGAUUUAUGGUCAUAGAUUUUAUUUGGAUUGAAGAUAAGAUGAACACAAUAUUUUAAAGUAAAAAAUGAGGUCCACUCCCUCUUCUCCAAUUCUCCACUUCCCCUUUAUAUUCACCACUCUUUCUCCUUUCCAACCCAUUUUUCACUUAUCUUUGUCUCGAGUUUUCUUUCUGUCUUCAUCUUCUCUCUCUCUCACUCAAACCCAAAAAAAAUCGUCAAUUUCCUCGACGGCACAUGAACAAAAAAUUUGAUCGAGUCGAUAGAUAUGAGCUGCAAUGGAUGCCGUGUUCUCCGUAAGGGCUGUAGCGAGACCUGUAUUCUACGGCCCUGCCUACAGUGGAUCGAGAGCCCCCAGGCCCAAGGCCACGCCACCGUCUUCGUCGCCAAGUUCUUUGGCCGCGCCGGCCUCAUGUCCUUCAUCUCCGCCGUGCCGGAAAACCAACAGCCUGCUCUGUUCCAGUCGCUGCUGUUCGAGGCCGCCGGGAGGACAGUGAACCCGGUGAGCGGCGCCGUGGGCCUCCUCUGGACCGGGAAUUGGCACGUCUGCCAGGCGGCGGUGGAGACAGUCCUCCGAGGCGGCGUGCUGAAGCCGAUCCCGGAUCUCGUCGGCGGAAGGUCGCCGGACCUCCACGACGCCUCAGACUGCACGGAGGUGUUCCGGACCUGCGAUUCCGCCUCGCCCAGGCACAAGCGGCGCCGUUCGCCGGACGAGCCGCCGGCUAGGGUCCCGCAGCUGGACGAUCUCGGUCUGAGCUUGAUGCCUGGAUAUUUGGGGAAGAAAAGCGACGGCCGCCCUAAUCUGGAUGACUCACGGCGGCUGGGGAGCCCGUCGAUGAAUUCAGAGGAGUCUUUGACGACGACGUGCGGUGAUCUGCCGGCCGGCGAGAUAAAGCUAUUGAACCUGUUUAGUUAAAUUUAAAUUAUGGCCUCGCGUUUGAACGAGGAUUAAUUUUGGUUACCAGCCUUCCGUUUUGCUUCUUUUGUUUGUUUGUUUUUUGGAGUUUGGAUUUGUAUUCCGGUGAGGGUAUUUUUGUCAAUCCACGGCACAAGAUCCUCCUCCUUUUCUUUUUCCAAUAGUGUGCACAGCAGAGGGAAAGCGGAGGAGGAAAUGAAAGUUUUGCCAGUGCUUUUCUUUUUGUUCUUUUUGCGUCCUAAAUAAUCACUGUUGGGAAUGAAUAAUAAUUAUUUUGAUUUGCUUUUUAUUAA